UGGAGCUCUAGAUAAAUUAAGAUGGCUUUAAAACUCAUUGCUCUGCCUCUGCCUCUGCCUCCUAAGCGGUGGAAUUACAGGUAUUUGCCAUCACAUCCAGCAAAAUGUAGGUCUCUAGCAUGUAAAUGAUCUUCCCAGGAGAUAGCAGAGGCUCCCUCCCUGAGGAUCCAAGGCUAGUAGCCUGCAAAGCAUGCUAUGCGGUAACCUAGUGUGCAGCCCUGACAACUCACCUGAGUGAGGCAAGCAAGGUUCCCCCAUACGGCUCAUUUACACUUGUUCACACUCUGCACUUGAGCGCUGGGUUAAAGCGGCUUGAGUACUGCUCCAUGGCAGGAAAGCUAUCCACAUGGCAAUUAGAUUUUAGAGGCAUGGGUGUCUAUAUGCGACGUCUCCAACUAGACACCGGACAAGAAUAUUUCAGAUAGCAUCUAGCAUAACCGCAGAAGUGACCGUUAAGUUGGCAACGGCUAAAUGAGUCCAGAGAAGGGAUGGAGCUGGCUGCGAUCCUGCGCUGCCUCUAACCACAGCACGGCCAGGUUUCUUCCAGCAAAGUCACGCAGAGCACAAUGGUCACGCCCCUUCGGACCUUGCUGCCCCUGAGAAGGGCUGCCCAGUAUGCCUGUUCCCUUCUUGGCCAUGCUUUGCAGAGACAUGGCGCCAGCCCUGAGUUACAGAAACAGAUUCGGCAACUGGAGGGUCAUCUGAGCCUUGGAAGAAAGUUGCUACGCCUGGGUAACUCAGCAGAUGCUCUUGAGUCAGCCAAAAGAGCGGUGCACCUCUCAGAUGUCGUCCUGAGGUUCUGCAUCACUGUCAGUCAUCUCAAUCGAGCCUUAUACUUUGCCUGUGACAAUGUCCUGUGGGCUGGAAAGUCGGGACUGGCUCCCCGCGUGGACCAGGAAAAGUGGGCGCAGCGUUCAUUCAGGUACUAUCUGUUUUCCCUCAUCAUGAAUCUGAGCCGCGACGCUUAUGAGAUUCGUUUGCUGAUGGAACAGGAGACUUCAGCUUACGGCAGGCGAAUGAAGAUUUCUGGAGUCCCGGGAGGAGGCGAGACUGGGGGGCCUGGAGGACCCGCGACUCCAGGGGGAUGCCUGCCACAACUGGCUCUGAAGUUUCGGCUCCGAGUCUUGCUCCUGGCUCGUGUCCUUCGAGGUCACCCCCCUCUCCUGCUGGACGUGCUCAGAAACGCCUGUGACCUCUUCAUCCCACUGGACAAACUAGGCCUCUGGCGCUGUGGCCCUGGGAUUGUGGGCCUUUGUGGCCUCAUAUCCUCCAUUUUGUCUAUUCUCACCCUGAUCUGUCCCUGGCUACGACUCAAGCCCUGACAUUAUGAUACAAGAUAAGGAGGGAGCCUGAAUUGGUGAGAUGGAAUCUUAGAUUGUCCCCCAUGUGCCAGCCUCUUUCAAAUUCGACUCCUUGAUUGAGGUUACAGUCCAGAUACUUAGGGUGAAGGGAAGAACCUUGCCAAAGACCAGGUCAGGAAGGCGAUGUCGGCGGAAAGACUCCAGCAUGCCUCGAGAGGCGUUUGGGCCUCUCUGUUGUCGACAGAAUCUCUUUGCUCUCUUCCCUUUAUCUGUCUUGAGUCUGGUUAAGAAUUUGUCACCAUGCGACAGAAUUGUCUUUCUUAGUCCCCUGUCCAGAUACUUAAACGGAAUUACUUUUUGUAGGAGAAGCAGAAGUUUUGAAUGGUAAAGUGCUAAUUGUAUUCUUUUCUGAAGCAGCAUGUAGCAUAUUUUUUCCUUCACAGUCCAUAAUUUUCAAGACUUUAUUUCGUGUCCCAGCUGACUCUUCCCUCACGUCUCCACACCGAAGGCCAUGACCCUUCUCCCCUGCGUCCUCCUCGGCAGCCUCCUCCUGAUUCGGCGCUGACCCCUCUCCUCCACGCCUUCGGGUGUCUGCUCACACUUGGAUGUUAGAGUUUCCCUCCUCACUGGCUCUUGCCUUUCUUUAACUCUCCAGAGCGAGCUGUGUCUGGCCUCCUGGUGUAAAUACUGUACAAUGAAUCUGUAGUAACUGUGGUCCACGCCCACAGUGCAAGCAAGACUUCCAGGUCAGCAAAUUAAAGAUCCGUUCGCUCACUGA